UUCGUGCGCUCAUUGCUCGCUCCCGUGUUCCUCAGACAGAGCGCCCUACAUGAGCAGGAAUGGCUGCGGCACGAGACCAGGAUUUAAUGCAAUAAUUUAAAAUUCCCCGUGAAUUCACAUGGGCUGCGAUUUGGGGGAAGUAUUCAGAGGUCUUCUUAUGUCCCUUUCUGCACUUUUGUUUCAGUACUCGGUCUCUCUAAUUGUCUAAAUCCAUGGCUUUUGUUUGAGAAGACAAGACAGUGGAGAGUAACCGGGAAAGAAACACCCAAAUUGUCCGACCGUCUCUAUCUGGGAAAGUGAUUUAUUUGUCUCGUCGACUGCUGAAGGAUGUCGUCUGCACGGGUUGAUUAUAUCGCUCCUUGGUGGACUUACUGGCUUCAUCAGUUUCCUCAUGUGAAUCUAAGGUUUCAGCCGUUGGAUCACACAUUUAAACCGCAGGAUGAGAACUACCAGCAGUCACUCAUUUUCCUGGGCUGUGUAGCAGCAGCUGGGCUCGGCGUGAACCUGCUGUGUCUGGCCAUCUACCUGAGCUGCCUGUGCUGCUGUCGGAAAGAUGAGGAAGAAGAGGAAAGUAAAAAAUCCAACUCUUGCUGUGUCACUUGGGCUGCUGUUGCUGCUGGACUCAUCUGCUGUGUUGCCGUGGGAGUUGGUUUCUAUGGAAACAGUGAAACAAAUGAUGGGGUGUACCAGCUGACCUAUUCUCUCUAUAAUGCCAAUCACACGCUGGCGGGAGUGGACAGUUUGGUAACUGGUACUGUGGGAGGCAUGCAGAGUGGCCUAAACGAGCACUUGUCUCGACUGGGCGAGAUCUUUGCCGCACGGGGAGACUUUGUGCAGACACUGCAGUUUAUGCAACAGAUGUCAGACAACAUCAUUAAGCAGCUACUUGGGCUUCCAGAUUGGGAAAAGGCGAAAGUAGACCUGGCCGCCAUAGCUGAUCAGACAGCAUACGUGGAGUAUUACAGGUGGUUAACAUACCUCCUGAUACUGAUCUUGGAUCUGAUCAUCUGUCUCGCUGCUUGUCUGGGCCUGGCCAAACAAUCCCGCUGGCUGCUCACUACGAUGAUGGUCUGCGGUGUUUUGACUCUGAUAUUGAGUUGGGCGUCUCUCGGAGCUGAUGUGGCCACUGCAGUGGUAAGUACAAGCCAACAAGCCUGUUAUUCAAUCAGUGAUUCUGUUUAGGUCAUUAUUCAAGAUAUGAGGAAUUCAAGACAAACACAUCAGUAUUUCCAGAACACUUCAUGUGAUUUUUGUAUCGUUGCGUAUUUGUGAUUGUUGUGAUGUUAUUUGGUUUAUAUAUGCUCUUGAGGCGGGUCACAGUCAGUCCAUCGCUAUCAAAAGCUUGUUUAUGUGGCAGAGCAUGACAAAUAAUAGUCAACUGCUGUCUGCUUGCCUGAAGGAGGUGAUAAACUUCCAAUUUAUUGCGUUUGAUGUGGGUGUGUGUGCAAUCAAAAGCGCUGUGGUUCAUGUGUUUAUUGGGAAAAGAGUUAAAAGUGGCAGAUUUCAUUAAACAACAUCAAUGAAAGAGGAGGAAAUAAAAGAAAGGCCAAGUAUUGUAAAAAACACUUUUGGAAUUCUUUUAUUUUACAAUUGACACACGGUCUCUGCUCUGAUCGUUUCCAGUUUAGUAAAAC